CCCUUUGCUGUAUGUACACAUCACAGGAAAUCGGGAGGCAUCCAGUGUUUUUCCAGGUACAUUAUCAGCACCAGACAGACUGAGAUGGCUGCAGGACCCUUCCAGUCCUGUUAUGGAUUAUGUGAGCUUCAUUUCUUCCUCUUUCUCAUGGUCCUGUGCGAUUUUUUGGCCAGCGACUCUGUGGCCGUGAGGGUGACGCAGGAGCCACUGUUUGCCAGCAACUCACAAGAGAAAACCCAGACCUUCCAUUGUUCCAUUGAUGGCGAAAACUACAAUUUUUAUUGGUAUCGCCAGCUGCCAGGGGAGGCAGAGCUACAAGUUGUUGGGAGUCUUUACACUCACAAUACUGAACUGCAAGAUGUCGGCUCCACCUGGAGCGGACGACUGACUGGUCAGUGGGUAGACACUAAGAGGGCAAUGACCCUGCACCUUACAAGUCUCCAUCCAGAUGACACAGGGUUGUAUCUGUGUGCUGCAAGGGACACAGAGAGUGAGGCAGGAAGUGAGGUUGCUGCAAAACCAAGUGUCAGGAACAGAGACCUCACAGCUGCUUUUCUUUGUACAGUUGAGAAGACAGGUCUGGAGAGACUGCGGUCUAACCUUCCUUUGACAUCGGCCUAGGUGCUGUUGAGAAGCCAUAUUGACAUGCAUCGGCAUUCUCCGCAUCACAGGAGGUCUCCCGAAGCCAUUGUUUUCUGUUCACUGGCCUGCUCAAUAAGAACAGCUUCACUCUUGCACUGCCCGUGCCAGGAAGAUGCUCUGCCUCCACUGACAUUCUAUCUUUAGCAGUGGCCAGUGAGCCUCAGGAAUCAGGUCAGUCCGCAACACCCACCUACGGCCUUUGAUUUUGCAUCUCCUGACAAGUGGAAGGAAUGGUCUUGUCUUAAAAGUGCUGCAUUUUAAAUAUGAAAAGAGAUUAAUGUCCCUUCUGUGGGGUUCUCUCUCUCCCAGCCCAUUCAUGAAUGCAGUCCACCAGUUGAUGCUGCUGUCACCAAGCAAUGAAUGCCACACGUGUGAACCAUUCUGAACAGCCAAACCUCCACCUUCAGUGGUCUUCGGAUGACUUAGACCUACACAUUAGAGACUUCCGCCUUCCUGGCCCCUGCCUUCCAUUUCUCCCCUGUUAGAAACACAGCAAGCUACUGUUACUUAGCCUUAGUCCUGCUAUCUGUGUUAUUAGGGAUAAUGAAGCUGACUUGCUUAACAGAACUGUUGCAUAGAGCAGUGGUUCUUAAC